GGCGGAGCCUGGCCCCGACGUGGUUGGGAAUGAAUGCUUUGGUGAGACGUGGAGUGGCCCGUGCGGGCAUCCCCUGUCUUUGGAGAGGGAAGUGCUUCAGCUCCGGGAAUGAGCCGGCGGAAAGCAACCCGGUGACGCCGAUGCUGCGGCAUCUGAUGUAUAAAAUAAAGUCCACGGGUCCCAUCACCGUGGCCGAGUACAUGAAGGAGGUUUUGACCAACCCAGCCAAGGGAUAUUACGUGCAUCAUGAUAUGCUAGGGGAAAAAGGAGACUUCAUUACUUCACCCGAAAUAAGUCAAAUCUUUGGGGAGCUACUAGGGAUAUGGUUCGUCAGUGAAUGGAUGACCUCUGGAAAAAAUCCAGCUUUCCAGCUGGUGGAACUGGGUCCAGGUCGGGGGACCCUCACUGGAGAUAUCUUGAGGGUGUUCAGUCAGCUUGGGUCUGUGCUAAAAACCUGUGACAUUUCAAUACACCUAGUAGAGGUGAGCCAGAAAUUAAGUGAGAUUCAAGCACAGGCACUGACUGAGGAGAAGCUCCCUAUGGAGAGAGAUGCCGAAUCCCUGGUGUACAUGAAAGGUGUCACGAAGUCUGGGAUCCCCGUCUCCUGGUACCGAGAUCUGAAGGAUGUUCCUAAAGGUAUAGCUUUACAUUGACUCACGGCAGAACAUUGCUCAGAACUCCUCACAGCCGUGACAGCUGACCGACCUACUACUGCAGUUUAACAGUUAGUUAUUGCUUUCAAGUCCCUCCCUGGAAGGGAAUAGCUGACUUUUCCAUUUCUAGCCAAGAACAUUAUAAUAGAAGAU